AUGGACUCGUCAUUAUUAGCAGCUCAUCUCGAGCAAAUACAAAGCUCCUGUCAGGGAAUUGACUCUCUUCCUUUCCCACCUCCAAAGAUCUUCACCAACGCAUUGCUGUCAAAUCACGACAUCACAUGCUUGAUUCGAGAUACAGAGGCCCACGAACGCGCUCUGUUUUCCGUGCCCCCGCCACCUCCCGCCACUGCCGCCGCGAGCAAACCCUUGAAAUCGGUCGAGACCGAAAUCAAGCCCAAGAACCGUCGGCAAACAGUCUUCAACGUUGCUUCGGGAGAAGUAACGACGGGCCCUACGACUCGCGGUGCGCCGCAUCGACGCACCGCGGUGGCUGCCGUGCUGGGCGGCGAGAUGCAUGAUGAGCUGCGGCGCGGGGAAGCAGAUCGGAAAGGCGACCUGGAUGUCGAGGUGUUGCUCCGCGGCGCCGAGAAGCUGUGCGGCGUGUACGAGCUGCCGGGGGCGCGGGAGCGGAUCACGGCGUUGAGGUCGAGGCAUCGGAAUGGGAAGAACACGACGGCUUAUUACGAGGCCAAGGUGGCGGAGCAGGCGGAGCAGCUGGCGAGCAUGAAUAAGGACUGGAUGGAUCAGAGUGAGAAGGACCGGGAGGAGCCUCGGGAUGGAGGUGGGGAUGAGUGGACGGAGGAUGAUUUGAGGAGGGAAGAGGAGGAGGCGAGGCAGAUGGAGGCGAAGAAGAGGGAGCUGCAGGCCAGACUGAAGUCUAUGGAGAAGGACCUCGGAGGGCUGAGAAACAUGUACUCGUAG